AUGAAAUCAUAAAAAAGACAGUCUAUCAAGAGAUAAAUGACUAAUUAAGGAUCAAAUGAUCAAUCUAGUGAGGCAGAAGAAAUCACAGACAAAAAGCAGAAACCAUCAUACCCUGUGAUCCAAUGCAUGAUUGAUAACGUUAACACUCUCGAAGUACUGAAAACUAUGAAUCCGUAACAGAAUACCUUCAAUUUCGGGUCUAUCACUAUUACCAGUGCUUUCGACUCUGGCAAUCUUGCAAGAUGUGAAGAGGGUGAUGAAGUAAACAAUGUAAGAAAAAUACAAAAUUAAUUUAAACUGUAGUUUAAUAUGUGGAUUGCAACUGAUUCUUUGCCUUACUUUAAGAACUGUGGGUACAGAACUUGGUUCUAUUUUGGAGUAAAGGGAACAAUCAGAGAUCAGGUUCUAUCUUUCACCAUUAAAAAUAUGAAUCAUCAAUCAAAACUAUAUGCCUCUGGAUUAAGACCUGUAUAUAGAUUGGGAAUGCAAUCAAAAUGGAGGAGAUGCAAUGGAAAGUGCUCAUGGAUUAGUGCUCCUGAGGGAACUAGUGUGACUUUCGAGCACAGCUUUUCAGGAUAAGAAAGAGAUGACUAACUAUUGUAUAUUGCUUUUACAUAUCCCUUCUCUUACUCUGAAACUACAGAAUAUUUUGAUAAGAUUUAAGAUAAAAUCAGCAAGGACUUUAAAGAUUAAAUAUACAUCCAUAGAGAGUUACUCACCUACUCCUUAGAGGAUAGGAAUGUUGAACUUAUAACAAUAACUGGUUUGAAUGGAGUACAGACCCAGGAAAGAGAAGAAGGUAUCCCUACUCUAUGCAAUAAAGUGGAAGGAAAGAAAUGUAUUGUUCUCUCUGCAAGAGUACAUCCAGGUGAGGUGUAGUCAUCAUUCGUAUUGAAUGGAAUUAUAGAUUUCCUUGUUUCGAACACAGAGUAAUCGAAGAUUCUCUUAGAAAACUAUGUAUUUAAAGUUAUACCUCUGCUUAAUCCUGAUGGAGUUUACAGAGGAUAUUUUAGACUUGAUACUUACAAUCAUAAUCUGAACAGAUUUUACAUAGAUCCAGAUCCAAAACUCCAACCUACUAUAUAUGCUGCUAGAUAAGCUAUUCUAUAACAACACCAAUAUGGUAAUCUGCACAUCUAUUUGGAUUUACACGGACAUGCAGUUAAAAAGGGCUGUUUUAUUUUCGGUAACGCCUUAAAAGGUGAAGAAUAAGCUUAGAACAUGCUGUUUGCCAAAUUAAUUGCAUUAAACUGCCUUAACUUCGACUUUGCUGAAUGUUCAUUUGCUGAAAAACUCAUGUCUGUCAAAGACAGAGGGUGUGGUCUUUCAAGAGAGGGUAGUGGUAGAGUGGCUCUAUAUAAAGCUUGUGGACUUAUUAAUUGUUACACUCUAGAAUGUAACUUUUAGACUGGUAGAAGAAUCAAUCAUUUGACUCCGAAGAUAAAUGUAGCAACUGGAGAAAUCGAGCCUGAGUUGCCUAUUACUGAUGCAAACAAUAAGAUCUACAAAGAAAAUAAGACUCCUAGUUAUACCAUUGAAAUAUUUGAGGAUGUAGGCAGAGCAGUUUGUCUAGCAUUACUAGAUUUGAUAGAAAAAAAUCCUGUUACUCGGCUGCUAUCAAGUCAAUAUAAAACUGUGACUAACUUAAAUCAAUCAAAUACUAAUAUGAACACUGCUACCUCUGCCAAUAGCGGAACAAGUUCAUAAAACACAGCUGCCUCCCUUGUGAUAUAAUCCCAAUCAUAAGCAACUAGAAACAAUUCAAGUUCAAAUUCAGCCAUUAAUAGGUAACCUAUUGUCUAUGUAGAGAAGACUCCGAAGAAUCCCAAUACCUCAUUUAGCAGUCAUGCUUAGAAAUUUAUGGCCCUUACCUAGGAUAAGAAGAGUAGUUUCCUUUAAUCCUCAUAGAAGGGUCAGCUGAUUGGAAAGCCUCUAGAGGAAAUCAAAGAAUAGACCAAGCAAGAAUAGCAAUAGCAAUUCAAUCUAAGUAAUUAAAACAAAGGGGGAAAGAAUAAAGACAAGCAGACUCUAAAGCAGCUACUUCAAGACAAUGCUAAUACAAAUAGUGUGAAUUAAGAUGAAGCCAAAAAGAAGCCGAAGCAUAAAAAUCUUCGAAACGAUGUCUCAUCAGGAAAUAUCGAGCAUAACUAAUCUUCUAAGAAAAUAAAUAGAAUUGGACUUAACAGUAAUCAUAAUGGCGAAUUAUCAAGCAACACAAACACUAGUGGGCUAACCCAAGAGGACCCUUUUUUCUUAUAAUAAGAUAAUGAUUUUGAGAAUAAAACUUAUGGAGUUGUAAAGCAUAAAAUAAAGAGAGGGCUUAACAAGAAAAACAACUAGUUCUAGUAGAUGACCUCUUUGAAGAAUAAAAUAUAGGGUGGUAUGCUUACUUCUGAUUUGUAACAGUACGGCUCAGAGAAUUUUAGCUUUAUUGACGUCAGUUAAACCCCUUCAAUUCCGUUUGAUUAAAUAACGAAUCCGUUCCAGUAAGAAUUAAGACUAUGCAAUGUAGUAUAGCUUGAUCUUAAUCUUGCUUAGCCUAAUAGUCAACUCAGUUAGCAGACUACUAACCAAUAGACUAUAUAAAGCUUAUCAAAAAUUAAUUAGAUCAGUAUGGCCAAGAAUUCGGUUUAAAAUAGCAGUCAUCAUUUCUCAUCCUAGAAUUCAGUAUUUCUACCUCAAAAUAUAAUAGCCCCAAACUCUGCUCAAGCUCUUUACUAGUUGAGUCAGGGAGGCAAUAAGCUAGUACCAAAAUUACUUGAGAAGCAUAAUACUAGGAUGAAGAGCUAAGUUAGCUAGCCACAGUAAAAAUAGCAACUAAGCAACAUUUCAAAAAUAAAUGCAUCCACAUCCAACAAUAUAGGCUGCUUACUAACUUCAAACUAGAACUAAUAAGAUGACUAAAAAGAUAAUCAAUCCUUUAGCAAGGCAUUUCUUAACAGAAAGUCAUAGAAUGUUAACAUUACUUAAUAACAGGCAAUCUAAUCAUAAUAACUGCAGCAAUAAUCUAGGUUCAGUUCAAAUAACUCUAACAUUGCUCAAGACCAGAGUGUUAGAAAUCUUUAGAACUAGAUUUUUGGCUAGCAGCAAAUGAUAACAAAUGCUUAGGGCAAGAGAAUGAUGAGCAAUAAUCUUUGGAAUAAAAUCAAAUCAUCAUCAUUUAAUUACCAAGGGGGGAUUAUAGGAUCAGCAGCAGAAGCUGCAGAAUGA